AUGGGUGAAGAAUCUCAGGCCAGCGAUGGCAAAGUGGUUUUAAAACGUAAAAUAACAUUGUUUAAUGGAGUUGGAAUUAUUAUCGGGACUAUUAUUGGUUCCGGAAUAUUUAUAUCUCCGACUGGAGUUUUCUUAUACACUAGAUCUGUUGGCGCAUCACUAUUAAUAUGGCUGGCGAGUGGGCUCCUGUCCACUCUAGGGGCCCUAUGUUAUGCGGAGCUAGGGACCUCAAUCACGAGGUCUGGAGGUGACUACGCCUAUAUCUACACGGCUUUUGGGCCCCUACCUGCGUUCCUGCGUAUGUGGAUAGCUCUGCUCAUCAUCAGACCGACGACUCAGGCUAUAGUGGCCCUGACCUUCGGCAAUUAUGUAGUGAAGCCUUUCUUUCCUGAAUGUAACCCACCUGAAUUGGCUGUGAAGCUUCUUGCUGCUGUUUGUUUAUGUAUCUUAACGGCUGUGAACUGCAUCAGCGUGCGAUGGACGAUGAGGAUACAGGAUGUGUUCACCUCAUCCAAGUUACUGGCGCUGGUCGUCAUCAUUAUCUCUGGCAUCUACUACAUCUGCAUUGGUCAUACGGAAAACUUCGAAGGAGCUUUUGAAGGGGAAUUCAGCGCCGGGAACAUAGCCCUUGCCUUCUACUCUGGACUGUUCGCGUUCGGAGGCUGGAACUACCUCAACUUCGUCACUGAAGAACUACAAGAUCCAUACAAGAAUUUGCCCCGAGCGAUAUGGAUCGCUAUGCCGAUGGUGACUAUUAUCUACGUGAUGGCGAACUUGGCGUACUUUGCUGUCGUCACCAAAUCUGAGAUGAUUGUGAACUCUGCAGUAGCUGCGGUGUUUGGAGACCGAUUAUUUGCUGGCUGGAGCUGGAUGAUCCCUGUAUUCGUAGCGCUAUCUACAUUCGGAGGGGUCAACGGUGUUUUGUUCACAUCAGCAAGACUGUUCGCGACCGGUGCACAAGAGGGACACAUGCCUGCUUUCUUCUCACUUUUCCACAUUGAAAAGCAGACGCCUAUACCUUCCCUUAUGUUCACUUGUUUCUUCUCUCUCCUGAUGUUGACGACCAGCAACGUGUUUGAUCUCAUCAAUUACUUCUCGCAAACGUUGUGGCUGUCCGUGGGUGCUUCGGUCGUCGGAAUGCUGUGGCUGCGUCGCACCAAGCCAGACAUACCUCGGCCAAUCAAAGUUAAUAUCAUCAUUCCGUACGUGUUCCUGAUCGCCAUUGGCUGCCUAGUCUUCAUCCCAGCUAUCACAAGACCCAAAGACACAGCCAUUGGUAUCGCCAUCCUCCUCUCCGGGAUCCCUGUUUACUACCUCUGUGUCAAGUGGAAGAGCAAGCCUGACAUGUACAACUGUCUCUCCGCUUGCUUCCUAAGGUUCCUACAGAAACUUUGCUCAUGUAUUUACGUAGAAUCCAAUGAAAAGAUGUCGAAUUGA